AGAGUCCAUGUGAAAGCAGGAUUUGCAGACCUCCUCGCCCCACUCCCUCUCUAUCUAAUCCCCUCCAUGUCUCUCCAUAACCCCAUUCAGUUGGUUUCCUCAACGCAAAGAGUAAACAUAACAAGACCAAACCCUCUCCGUCUCUUUUCCUUCCUUUCCCUUUACCCUCCUCUUCUUUCUAUAAUACACAAAGCAAGAUAAUGAAAAGUGGAACGCCAUUGCAGUUCAUUUGAGGUGUUGUAUCUUUCUUCAAGCUUUGCAGUUAUUCUGAACCAAGUUGCUCUCAAGGAAGAUAUAUAUUGUGAUACAUUCAAGACAUUUUUAAUUAGACUCCUUAGUUGUCCAGUUACCAUUGCUGUAAUAUAUGGGCUGAGGUGAGCAUUUCAUGGGAGGUGUAGAGGAUGAUGAACCAGCCUCAAAACGCCUGAAAUUAGCCUCCGGAAGGUUGACAGGUCUUUCCAACGGUUCAUCUUUAACAGAGCCCAUUGUUGGUUCCAGGGAUUUGAUGGCUCGCCCCCCACAAUCUGAAGGGGACAAAGAUGUUCUUGGUUCAAAAGGAGUUAUUAAAAGAGUUGAAUUUGUCAGAAUAAUAGCCAAGGCGCUGCAUUCUCUUGGAUAUAAGAAAAGCUGUGCUCAUUUAGAGGAAGAGUCUGGGAUACCAUUACAUUCAUCUGCAGUAGAUUUAUUUAUGCAGCAAGUUCUCAAUGGCAAUUGGGAUGAAAGUGUAGUCACAUUGCAUAACAUUGGCCUAAAGGAUGAAAACAUUGUCAAGUCAGCAUGUUUUCUGAUAUUGGAGCAGAAGUUUUUUGAACUUUUGGACGGGGACAAUAUUGUGGAUGCUUUGAAGACAUUGAGGACUGAGAUUGCUCCUCUCUGCAUUAAUAAUGGUCGAAUUUGUGAACUUUCUUCCUGCAUUGUAUCUUCUACACAUUGCAAUUCAGUUGGUUCUUCCAAUCAAGACAAUGGAAGGAUAAAGCCACGAUCCAAGCUGCUGGAGGAACUGCAAAAGCUGCUUCCCCCAACAGUUAUAAUACCUGAGAGCAGAUUGGAACAUUUAGUUGAACAGGCUCUUACCUUACAACGGGAUGCUUGCUUCUUUCACAACUCGUUGGAUAAAGAAAUGUCGUUAUACUCAGAUCAUCAGUGUGGGAGAGAUCAGAUUCCUUCUCGAAUUUUGCAGAUAUUAGAAGCACAUUCAGAUGAAGUCUGGUUCUUACAAUUUUCACAUAAUGGGAAAUACUUAGCUUCAUCUUCUAACGAUCGAUCAGCAAUCAUAUGGGAGAUUGAUGUAAAUGGUGGAGUUUCUUUGAAGCAUAGAUUAUCUGGUCACCAAAAACCUGUCUCCUCUGUUUCAUGGAGUCCUGAUGACCACCAGAUUCUUACUUGUGGGGUGGAGGAGGUUGUCAGGCGCUGGGAUGUUUCUUCUGGUGAGUGCCUCCAGGUUUAUGAGAAAGUGGGCCUUGGCCUAGUGUCCUGUGGGUGGUUUCCAGACGGGAAAUGGAUAUUUUCUGGCAUCAAUGAUAAGAGCAUCUGCAUGUGGGAAUUGGACGGGAAAGAGGUAGAAUGUUGGAAAGGGCAGAAAACUCUGAAGAUUUCUGAUUUAGAGAUAACAAGUGAUGGGAAGCAGAUUAUAAGUAUGUGUAGACCGACUGCAAUUUUAUUGCUUGAUAGAGAAGCUAAAGCUGAGAGGGUGAUUGAAGAAGAUCAAACAAUUACUUCAUUCUCAUUAUCAAGAGAUAAUAGGUUCUUGCUGGUUAAUCUUCUGAACCAAGAAAUCCAUCUGUGGAGUAUAGAUGGUAACAUCAGGCUUGUUGCAAAGUACAAAGGCCAUAGGCGUACCCGGUUUGUCAUUAGGUCAUGUUUUGGGGGACUUGAACAAGCUUUUAUUGCAUGUGGUAGUGAAGACUCUCAGGAACUUCUGAGCUCAAGAACUCUAAGUGGCAUCCUAUUAAUGAGACAUGCUGGAAAAAACUUUUUCCAGGACCAUAAGAUGAAAAAAAUUUUGAAGACCAAUUCAUGUGAUCAUUGGCUCCUGAAUGUAUAACCCAAGGAUCAAAAUCAGAAAUGGUGGAAGAACUAAAAGCUAUCACUGGCAUAACUGCAUGUGCAAAGUUGGAUGAAGAGAGAGGAUCAAGCUUGGCUAUUAGAUGUCCAAGUGUCUGAACCUCUUGAAUGUCUAGGUUGUACUAUUUAUUGUAUGGUACUAUAAUUACACAAGUAAGGAGCAGCUGUUGAAACAUUCUGGAAUCUCUAAAAAAAGGCAUUGCUUUUGUUUGUUAUUGUCAUUCUUGAAUUCUGGGUUAUUAGUUUAUAAAUAAGGGAGGAGGGUAACUACGUUCAGCAGAUUUGAUGAAU